AUGUUCACCUCUUCCAGAAAGUAUGGGCAAGUUCCUCCUUUCCGGAGCUGUUUCUGUAGUGGGCUGAAUGGUGGCACCCAAAAGUCCUUUAGAGUCACCCUCUUUCCCCACUUACUCUGGGAAAAGCUACUGCUGAUAGAUUUGCUCUGUGACUCUCCUCCUCCACCCCUAGCUUGCUAUGGCAUCGUCCAGGUGCCAACGGGACCCUGGUUCUGCCGGAAAUGCGAAUCUCAGGAGCGAGCAGCCAGGGUGAGGUGUGAGCUGUGCCCACACAAAGAUGGGGCAUUGAAGAGGACUGACAAUGGAGGUUGGGCCCAUGUGGUGUGUGCCCUCUACAUCCCAGAGGUGCAGUUUGCCAAUGUGCUCACCAUGGAGCCCAUCGUGCUGCAGUAUGUGCCUCAUGAUCGCUUCAACAAGACAUGUUACAUCUGUGAGGAGCAGGGCCGGGAGAGCAAGGCAGCCUCAGGAGCCUGCAUGACUUGUAACCGGCACGGAUGUCGACAAGCUUUCCAUGUCACCUGUGCCCAAAUGGCAGGCCUGCUGUGUGAGGAAGAAGUGCUGGAGGUUGACAAUGUCAAGUACUGCGGCUACUGCAAAUACCACUUCAGCAAGAUGAAGACUUCCCGGCACACAAGUGGGGGAGGUGGAGGAGCAGCAGCAGCAGGAGGCAGCAGCGGCACAGGGGGAGGUGGCAGUGGCUUCAUCACUGGCCGGAGCAGGUCAGCCUCACCAUCCACCCAGCAGGAGAAACACCCUUCCCACCAUGAGAGGGGACAGAAGAAGAGUCGAAAGGACAAGGAACGCCUUAAACAGAAGCACAAGAAGCGGCCUGAGUCACCUCCCAGCAUCCUCACCCCACCCGUGGUACCUACAGCUGACAAGGUCUCUUCCUCAGCUUCCUCCUCCUCCCACCAUGAGGCCAGCACUCAGGAGACCUCUGAGAGCAACAGGGACUCAAAGGGGAAAAAGUCUUCCAGCCAUAGCCUGAGUCACAAGGGGAAGAAGCUGAGCAGUGGGAAAGUUUCGUCCCUGCAGAGCUCCCCUGACUUCUCUGCUUUCCCCAAGCUGGAACAGCCAGAGGAGGACAAGUACUCCAAGCCCACAGCCCCUACCCCUUCAGCUCCCCCCUCUCCCUCAGCCCCUGAGCCCCCCAAGGCUGACGUCUUUGAGCAGAAGGUGGUCUUCUCUGGCUUUGGACCCAUCAUGCGCUUCUCCACCACCACCUCCAGCUCAGGUCGGGCCCGGGCCCCAUCCCCUGGGGACUAUAAGUCUCCCCAUGUCUUGGGGUCUGGGACCUCAGCAGGCACCCACAAGCGGAUGCCCACACUGAGCGCUGCCCCUGCGCCUGCUGAAGAGACCCCUGAGACAGGCCUGAAGGAGAAGAAGCACAAAGCCAGCAAGAGGAGCCGACAUGGGCCAGGACGUCCAAAGGGCAGCAGGAAUGAGGAGGGCGUUGGGGCCCCAGCUGCUCCCUCCCUGCCUGGUGCCCAGCUGGCUGGCUUUACUGCCACUGCUGCCUCACCCUUCUCAGGAGGUUCCCUGGUCAGCUCUGGCCUGGGUGGUCUGGCCUCCCGCACCUUUGGGCCUUCUGGGAGCCUGCCCAGCCUGAGCCUGGAGUCCCCCCUGCUAGGGGCAGGCAUCUACACCAGUAAUAAGGACCCUAUCUCCCAUGGUGGUGGAAUGCUGCGGGCUGUCUGCAGCACCCCCCUCUCUUCCAGCCUGCUGGGGCCCCCUGGGACCUCUGCCUUGCCCCGUCUCAGCCGCUCCCCAUUCACCAGCACCCUCCCCUCCUCUUCUGCUUCUAUCUCCACCACUCAGGUGUUUUCUCUGGCUGGCUCUACCUUUAGCCUCCCUUCUACUCACAUCUUUGGAACCCCCAUGGGUGUCGUUAACCCCCUCCUUACCCAAGCCGAGAGCAGCCACACAGAGCCAGACCUGGAGGACUGCAGCUUCCGGUGUCGGGGGACCUCCCCCCAGGAGAGUCUGUCUUCCAUGUCCCCCAUCAGCAGCCUCCCUGCACUCUUCGACCAGACAGCGUCCGCACCCUGUGGGAGCGGCCAACUAGACCCAGCAGCCCCCGGAACGACUAACAUGGAGCAGCUGCUGGAAAAGCAGGGCGACGGCGAGGCCGGCGUCAACAUCGUGGAGAUGCUGAAGGCGCUGCACGCGCUGCAGAAGGAAAACCAGCGGCUUCAGGAGCAGAUCCUGAGCCUGACGGCCAAGAAGGAGCGGCUGCAGAUUCUCAACGUGCAACUCUCUGUGCCCUUCCCCGCCCUGCCUGCCGUCCUGCCUGCCGCCAAUGGCCCUGUUCCUGGGCCCUUUGGCUUGCCUCCCCAAGUCGGCAGCAGCGAUUCCUUGAGCACCAGCAAGAGCCCCACGGGGAAGAACAGUCUCGGCCUGGACAACUCGCUGUCCACGUCUUCGGAGGACCCACACUCAGGCUGCCCAAGCCGCAGCAGCUCGUCGCUGUCCUUCCACAGCACGCCCCCACCGCUGCCCCUGCUCCAGCAGAGCCCUGCUACUCUGCCCCUGGCCCUGCCUGGGGCCCCUGCUCCGCUCCCAACCCAGCCACAGAAUGGGCUGGGCCGGGCACCAGGGGCAGUGGGGCUGGGGGCUAUGCCCAUGGCUGAGGGGCUGUUGGGGGGGCUGGCGGGCAGCGGGGCCCUGCCCCUCAAUGGGCUCCUUGGGGGGUUGAAUGGGGCUGCUGCCCCCAACCCUGCAGGCUUGAGCCAGGCUGGUGGGGCCCCCACGCUGCAGCUGCCAGGUUGUCUCAACAGCCUAACCGAGCAGCAGAGACACCUCCUGCAGCAACAAGAGCAGCAGCUCCAACAGCUCCAGCAGCUCCUAGCCUCCCCACAGCUGACCCCGGAACACCAGACCGUUGUCUACCAGAUGAUCCAGCAGAUCCAGCAGAAGCGGGAGCUGCAGCGGCUGCAGAUGGCCGGGGGCUCCCAGCUGCCCAUGGCCAGCCUGCUGGCAGGAAGCUCUACCCCACUGCUGUCAGCGGGCACUCCUGGCCUACUGCCCGCAGCAUCUGCCCCACCCCUGCUGCCCGCUGGAGCCCUGGUGGCUCCCUCCCUCGGCAACAACACAAGUCUCAUGGCUGCAGCAGCUGCAGCCGCAGCAGUAGCAGCAGCAGGCGGCCCUCCAGUCCUGACUGCUCAGACCAACCCUUUCCUCAGCCUGUCUGGGGCAGACGGCAGUGGCAGUGGCCCCAAAGGAGGGACCGCUGACAAAGGAGCCUCAGCCAACCAGGAAAAAGGCUAAAUCCACCCACACCUCUUCUGAUCCCCAAAGUGGAGGGGGCAAUCCUGGUUUGAGGGGGUUCUAGCCUGGACCAGGUACCUGCGCCCAGACCCUGGAGAGUCCCAGCCCAGAGCACAUGCUGAGACCUGGCGAGUGUGGGGCGCACGUGGUGCUGAGGACUGAGACCAAGAGGGGAGCUCCUUCUAUCUGGCCUCUUUCCCCUCUGCACAGACCCAUUGUGAGGGGUUCAGAGGGAGGACAGGCUCCAAGCCAACCUAGGAGCCCCUACUCUCAGCAGAUAUGUUGCGGUUCCUCAAAGAGCAAAGUGGGCCAUGGCAUAAGUGGGGGUAGGUUGGACCCUCCACAUAAAAUGGAUCAGCACUUGCAUGGGGAGAAGUGGGGGACAGGCCCUGGGCCUGUCCCUGCGCAGAAAUCUGUUAUGGAAGAAGGGGUGGCCCUACUGUACCUGCAAUUUCUUCCCAACUUGGGCAGAUGGCAGGAGGGAUCCCUUAGAUUGUUUCUCACCAGUCCCUUUCCCCUGCCCCCCAACAAGGGUCACAAGCUGAGCUUGUAAAAGCCCACAGACUAGGAGGCUGAGGAAGGGGCAGGUUGGCCUCAAACUCAGCUCAAGCCUCCCCAUCUCUGGGGGGAGCCCAAUGAUGGGUUGGGCAAGGGGUGGGGUGGGGGGGAGGCCCAGCCCCCUGGGUACCCUGCCCCGUUUUGCACUAUUGGAUUUAGGAGUGCCGAGGGUGGGGAGAUGGAGCUAGCUGCCUGACUCAGAGUGUGUGUGUGUGUGUGUGUGUGUGUGUGUGUGUGUGUGUGUGUGUCCCUCUACCUGGGGCAGCCGAGGGCAGGGAUAGGAGCAGUGCUCAGAAGGAGAGCUCCCAGCUCUUGUUUGCACCCUCCCCACCUCACCAACUUUGGUCCCUUUCUGGGGCAUGAAUGGUUAACAAAAACCAGAACAGUACUCCAAUAUUGGAGAGUAACUGGGGGCUGAGGGCUUUGAAUCAGGGUAAUAUCCUGCCUUCCCUUCCCCAGAUCCCACAUGGUCUCAGUGCCCCUCCCUGCCCCAGCUCCCCUGCCCCCACUGAUAGUUGGUCCUGAUUCCCUGGCACAAGGGGAGCCCCAGGGAUUAGGGGACAGGGCAAGGGAGGGUAAAGUGCCACUUCCUUUAGUGAAGAUCUCCCAGAAUUAGCCAGCCCACUUCCUGCACCCUACCCCCACCCUCACCAACCAGGGGAGACUUAAGCUUAAGCUGACCUAACAACUGUCCCUUCACCCACCAGCUACUUCCCGCAGGGUAUAGUGGGCAGUGCUUAGAUUCUCACCUUCAAGGGUCCCCACCUGCCCAGAGCUUUGGCGGCAAAGGCCUAGGGGCCAGUGGGACAGCCAGGAGAGGGGCAAGGUUGAAGCCUGUGUCUGUGUCUGUGUUUCAGUUGCACUGGGGUUGGAGCCAGGAGAAGGCAUUUCCAGCUUUCCCUGAUGCUCAUGUCUUGUCAGUCUCUUUGCAUGUGUGCAUUUUGUGUGUGUGUGUGUUUCUGUUUGGGUUUUUGUUGGUUUUUUUUUUUAAAUAAAGAAAAGAAGAUGUGUAUAUUUUUGGCAAUGACAGAAACGUAGUGCAGAUAUAUUUUUGCCUGUGCUGCUCAACUGGUUUUUUUCUGAUACUGAAAAUAAUAUUAAUAUUACUGUUGAUAAGACUUUGUAAUAUGUUAGGGAGCUGAUAAUGGAGGGGGGUGAGUGGGAAACCUUUUCAGAGGCAAUUUCUUAGGCACUUGCAAGGGCUUGGGGGGAGGGGGGUGGCAGUUGUGAUGACCUCAGAAAUACUCACUUUUUAUUAAUGCUAAAUAUCAGUUAGAAAGAAAUGAUAGAAUUCAGCAUUUUAUUAAUCUUCAUCUAUUAAGCUAUAUAACUCCCUGCCCCCAAAUCACUGAAAAGAAAAAUAACCUUCAGAGAUUCUUAGAAGAGUUGUUCAUUCAUACCCACUCCCUUGCCCAAGGCCAACCCACUUGGAGCUGAAGUCAGCUUCUGUUCUGGAUGGCGAGGGAAGUAAACUGGCCCAAGGCUGCUGUAGCAGGGAGUAGAGGUCCAAAUGAUUUAGUGCACUGGAACCAUGACCUCCUUCCUCCCUCCCUGCACCUGAGUCUGGGGUUCUCAUCUCCAAGAGUCUGUUUUCCAGCUUUCCCAGGCUGGGUGCAGCAGCAGGUAGUCAGGUUAGAUUUGAAGGUGGGACCUAGGCUGAGUAUGGAUUGGUGCUGUCCCUCAAUUUGGGUGGGGAGGGGCAGGAGAGAGGUAGUAUAUUUUCAUCUUUUAGGGAGCUUUAUAAUAAGAAAGGUCUAGAGAUCUUCAGGAAGGAGCAGGGUCGCAAUGUAGGGGGAUGGCUAUGCUGACCUAACCCUCUUCUCUCAGACUCCGUCCCUUUUUCCAGACAAUUUGGAUGGGGAGUGGGAAGGGAUGCAGAUUUGUAGAUCACUGUCUAGGGGAGGGAAAGGAUGUGGUUUGCAGGGCAGAAGUGGAGUUUGAAAAUGUAUGAGAGUGGAGUUUCAUGUGUCAUCACCCUCGACUUGGAGAUGUGAAUGAGGUGUGCGUGCAGAGCCACUGGCCUUGAGGUCACAACUGGUGCAUGUGUGUCAGAGCUGUAAGGGACCUGUCUUUAGGGGUCAUUUGAGCCAGCUCCUCACUUCAAAGGGGAUACCUCCUAGCCUCAGAGGGACAGGAGCGCGGGCAGAGCCAGGACCUGGCCUCCUGGUCCUCUGAUUCCCGCCCCCCCACUGCACCACCUCCACAUGGCUGUUUGGCUGUCCUUGUGUGUGUGAUGUAUGGUGUGAGUGCAGGGCUGUGCCCAGGAUGGGAGGGUAUCUAUGUAGCACUGACUGUCUUAGCUCAGAGCUGAUGGAUCCUCUCCAUGGACAAUAUGACACUUUAAAGGUUGCUUUUUAAAAGAUUUUCCUGUGUGUGAGUUUUCCCCCUCAGGCCCUUGGGUCUACUGCUGCCUCCAGGUGCCCUUACCUUGAGGCUGAGGAGAGCACUCCUGCCAUUCCUGUUCUGUGUUCUAAGGAAGUACUCCUAGAAAAAAACCCAGACAAGUGAGGGGUCAGAGCCAGAGGCAGCUCUGAUUAAGGGUGAUCUUCACACUUCCCUUUCCCAAACUAGAAAUGCAGACAAGUUUUCAAAGGCAUAGGCCCUCCCUGCCAGCUUCCAGCAUCUUCCUUGGUGUGGUAGGCCAGAGUUAGGGGUAGGCAGCUUAGUCCCAAUUCUUCUUUAUCCCAACUUAUUUUCCUAGGGACAAGUGUCUGGAGGGAUUAAAGACACAUCAGUCAGUUGAGAAUAUGGAGGAAGGUGGGGCCCGGUACCCUGGCUUUUUCCAGUUACAUCAAUCAGAUUAAAAGUGUCUUAGCUCCUGACCACUCUGACUUGAUCUACUGAGAAGCUGGGGACUAACGGGUGCCUUUAUUGCCCUUUAUUUGCUUCCUCCAGCCCAACUUGGGACUUAGGUGGCAGGACUGGAGACUCAAACCCAGACCCACCCCACCCCCAUUCCAUCCCAGCCCGUCUCAAUGUAGCAGACCCUUCCUAGGGGAGCGGGGAGGGGAAGCCAUGGUUUGCAAACCCAGGGCUCCUUUUUCAUUCUUUCUAAAACCUUUAUAUCCUCAGCCCAAAAGGCAAUGCCCCCCCUGCCACCUCCAAGCCUGGAAUUGUGCAUAACCCGGAUCUUGUAUCUUUGUAUAACGGAUGUUAUUUGUACGAAGGGCAGUUCGUAAACAGCACUUGUUCUUUUAAUAAAAGAAUGUUUUACAAAAAAAAAAAA